AUGGAGUGCCAGCCCCCGUUACCCACCUACCCAAGGUUUGCCGCUGGAGGUGCUGCAGCUGCCGCUGCCACCACCUACGACUUUGAGAACAAACACUUCAGUUACUCGCCGUCCAUUCCAUCUCCGCCACUACCAUCACCAAGAUCAUCAUCUCCACUUGUAUCACACAACACCAAGAACAAUAUCCAAGUACUGGAGAACCGAUUGGGACAAUUCUGGACUCACCAAUUGAGUGUGAUCUGCCAGACCGAAGACUUCAAGUCCGCCCAUGAGCUUCCACUUGCCAGAAUCAAGAAGAUAAUGAAGUCCGAUGAACAAGUUAAUAAAGUAUCUGUGGAGGUACCAGUUAUAUUUGCCAAGGCAUGUGAGAUGUUCAUCCUGGAAAUGACCAUCCGUUCUUGGUUCCAUACCGAGUCCAACAAAAGAAGAACACUCCAAAGAAUUGACAUUGCCAACGCAUUUGUCAAGUACGACAUGUAUGAUUUCCUAAUUGACAUAGUUCCCCGAGAUGAGAUAUCCAAGCCCAAGAAGUUCUUUGAGGAGUUAUUCAAGAACUAUACAUUAUCACCAGAGUCAUUGCAUUUUUAUCAAUUACAACAACAAAUGUCAGCAGAUAAGUCAAUGAAGAGGUCUCACUCAGAGUCUGACAACAGUAACAAGUCUGAGGAGGCCAGUCCUGAAGCCAGUCCAAAGAAGUUGAGAAGUUUAUCCUACGACAUGUCCUCCCAACAAAGGGGUCAAUACGCAAUCCAACAUCAACAACAACUAGGACAACAAGGAAUGACUGUGGCCAACCACCCACAUGGUCAUCUCCAGCAUCGCUACUCCCACCCCGACUUGAGUUGCCACACUCCCAGCUCCACGUACUCGCCACCUUUGAUUGGAGGCGGAUCUAGUGGAGGGGCUAGUGGUGGUGACAUCAGGACAUCCCCAGCUCCAUCACCAUCUCUAACUUCCCUCUACUACAUGCAGCAGCAGGGACAACAACAUCAACAGCAACAACAACAACAACAGCAACAACAGCCAGGCAAUGGAAGUAGCCAAGCCUAUUACUUCAAUCCUACUGAUUGA